GGGCUGGGCAGCGGGCUUGCAGGAGCAGCAGCGCUGUUCAUGAUCUUCUACAUGUCGGAUGCUGAUUGUCCGAAGGGUACCUGGUGAGACACGUUUACCUGUUUGUGUUUUACAGCAGACCUGCUCCGAUGCCUCUGGCUGCGUCCCCCGCGUUAAGGAUGGAGACGAUGAGAUGAGCAUCGCUGUCUGUGCGACAAGCCCAUACGUCGUCCGUAAUGGUCGAGAUCCUUGGAUGCACAUCACCAGGCUGGACGACGUUUCAGUCCGCUUUAAAAACACGUGAUAGCUGUUUUCGCAAAUCUGCCUGAAUUAGCCCGUGUUUGGUUUAAAGGGUAAAGCGAUGUUCAGAGCGACAAGGAUCAAUGUACGCUUCAGAUGACAAGUCGCCAAUUAACGCAGGAUCCAUUGAGGGUCAAAGGUGACCUAGUGAGGCAGAAAUGAGUCUGACUUCCUGGUUCCUGGUGAGCGGUGGGGGGACACGCCAUCGUCUCCCCAGGGAGAUGAUCUUCGUGGGGAGGGACGACUGCGAGCUCAUGCUGCAGUCCCGCAGUGUGGACAAACAGCAUGCUGUAAUCAACUAUGAGCCAAACACAGAUGAGCAUAAAGUUAAAGACCUUGGCAGCUUGAAUGGGACGUUUGUCAACGAUGUCCGAAUACAGGAGCAAAUUUACGUCACCCUGAAAAUUGAUGACAAAUUGAGGUUUGGAUACGAUACCAACCUGUUCACCGUGGUUCGAGGAGAGAUGCAUAUUCCUGAGGAGGCCCUCAAGCAUGAAAAGUUCAGCAGCCAGCUUCAGCUGAACCAGAAGAAACCGCCAGACGCAGAACCAUGCAAACUCGAGGUGAAACCCUCCGAGGUAGCGGCAGCAGCAGCAACAUCAGUGUGUGAGGGGGCCGCUGCCAAGGCCCCCGAAGGCAGCAGGCCAGACGACAAGACAACAGGGGACAUAGCAGUGUUGCACAGGGGUACCCCCCUUUAUGGCCAGCCUGCCUGGUGGGGAGAUGGAGAUUCUCAUGACCAACAACCAGGGAGGCCUGAGGAGAAGAGCGCAGAGCGAAAGCGAGAAAAAGUUGAAACAGACAACAAGAAAAGUGCAGAGAUGCCAAAGUCUGCCCAGCAAACCACUUCUAAUCAGGAGCCCAGCUACUUUGAGAUCCCAACCAAAGAGCCGCCCUCACAAGAACAAGACGCUACUGGUUCUGCUGCAGCAGAGCCAGCCCACGGCCAUGCCUCCUUCACUAUUGAGUUUGACCCUGGAGCAUCAGGUAAAGUCACUGUGAAAGAUCGAGUUGCAAAGGUUGGACCAGAGACCAGGCCACGCCCUAAAAGAGCUGUUGGGGAGGAGCUGAGUCCACUUCAGACUGCCAUGGUAGCAGCGGAGGUCAAAGUUGCCGACUGGCUGGCCCAGAAUGAGCUGCCGUUGGCUCUGAAGGACACAGUUGCAGAGGAUGAUGGGGAAAGUGUGAAGAGCGAUGUACCUGUGCAUCUUAGGAGUCUUAAAGGCAGUAAACAUGAGGACGGCACACAGAGUGAUUCUGAGAAUGCACUAGGAGAGCAGCGCAGAGCGGCAGCGCUGGAGGAGCGUUCGUGGGGACUUUGGGGUGGUGCAGGUAUGAAGAUCAGAGAAGGUCGCGCCAACGUACCCGAGGGACUCUUCGCUGAGGAGGACAGUCCUGCACGCCGCCGCAAGCCUUCAAACCCCAAAGUGGGAAGUGGGUUCACGGAGAGGCGCCGUGGUUCGGCACCACAUCAACAGAAUGCGCAUGACGAGUGCUAUCACCAUGGAGAUGAUUACAGUGACAGAGGGACUUACACCAUUGAGGUGGAAAAUGGAGAUCGUGAGGAAGAAGAGGCCAGAAAACUGAUUGACAAGGUGUUUGGUGUGGAUGAGUCUGGGUGUGUGUCCCGGCUGAGUGUUGCUGACCAAAGAGAGAGGCUUACCUCCCAGAGACAAGGCACUGGUGACAGAGGAAAACCUGGACGCAUGGAGACAGAGGUCUUGUCUGAGGAAUUAAUGGUGGGUGGUCCUCGUUGGGUGUCUCAGUGGGCUACUCUAGCUGCCAGCCACAUUAGGACAGACCCUGAGGGAUCAGGAGGGGACAGCCACGCCAUGGUUACAGAGGACAGAGCUGAAAUAAGUGAAUCCAGCCACUCUGCGUCCUUUGCCUCCUCUGGGUACACAGAGCGUAAGAGGAGAACCCUUCCCCAGUUGCCUGGAGAGGAGCUCAGUCUAGGUAGGAGGGUCCCUGGCUCUGGCCUGCGUACAGAUAUGGGGGAGAAACAGGACACUGAGCUACAGGAGAAGGAAAACCAGGAGGUGAAGACGUCAAGAGGAGUGAAUCCUCCUGGUCACAGCACUGGAGGUGUGGGUAGUCACACUGGCAGCCCCAGUCGCUCCUCACCUGCCAAGUCACAGGACAGUGGUGGUGGGAGGUCAGGUCAGUCAGGUGUGUUGACGAAGCUCCCCCCUCGCCCAUUGACCAGUGGGGAGAAGAGAAUGGAGGAGGCACGGAGGAGGAAAAAGGAAGAGGAGAAAGCUAGGGAAAGCAGCGGCAAACCAUUGUUGAGGCAAGAGAGUUUUACUGUGGAGAAACCAAGCUCCAACGUGCCCAUUGAGCUCAUACCGCGUAUAGAUGCGGUAUCGAGCAGCAGAACUCAGAGCAGGGAGGCCGGCAUCGACACCACCACGCUGCAGAAAGACUCAGAGGCUGUGGCAGCCUUUCUGGAGAACACUGUAUCAGACCAAGGUGAUCCUCCAAGCCAGUCCAUUGAAGGCUCCAUGUCACCAGAGUCGGACGUGGACACAACAAGCACAGUAAGCCAGGCCGAUGGAGCGAGGAAAGUAGUCCAGAAACGCCGGACCCUCAUAGGACAGCAAAAGGAGAGAACAGUAGUGUGUUCAUCCAGCAAAGGCCCCGCUGCAGGCAGGGAGACUCAGGAGAGGAGGGUCAAAAACAGAACAUCUGGCCCACCCCAACAAAGCCGUAACUGGACUUCCCUGGACCUAACCGAUGAUGACGUCAACUCCAACUCACUUCUCUCCGAUUCACAGCCCACGUCCACACAAGAAUCAAGAAGCUCACAUGCUAAAGCCCAGACAGGCAGCACAACAGUAGGGGCCAGCACCAAAUCUAGUCGGGCUAAGAUCAGCCAGGCACCAGCCUCCUCUGCACCCAGUAAAACCACCAAUGUACCCAAGCCCAGACCCACCAGGGCAUCCAUACUGAGGCGGGCCCGCUUGGGGGAUUCAUCAGACACCGAACCUGCUGAUCUAGACCGGAUGUCGGUGGCAUCAGAGGCCUCCACUGCUAGUUCCACAUCCAGGACAGGGAUGGCAAGAAGGGGAAUGUCCAGGAUAGAAGCUUUGGCUCAGCCAAGGAGGCCUAGGGUAGGCUCCCCAUCUGCCCAGAGUGACUCUGAGGCUACUGUGACGAGGAGUAGAUGUCUGGGGGCCCGCAGUGCUGCAGGUGAUUAUGGCGUCAGACAAGGACUGAGAGGUUCCAACGUUACUUCAAUGUCUGGACCCAGAGCCAGAGCUAAUAGCGCCUCCAAGCUGCCUGACAAGAGUAAAGGAACACAUGGAAAUGUCACACCUGCAUCUGGCACUCGGUGGCGUCGCGUGCCUGUGGAGUAUGCCUCCACCUCCGAGGACGAAUACGGCUCCAAUCGCCACAUAUCGAAGCAGGGUCACACGCGAGCGUUCCCUUCUACUCGGGUAGCCCAGCUAGGAGGUUCAGCUCCAGCAACCCCUAAUCCUGCAGGCCUGACUGCCCUGAAGCAGCACUCCAGGGAACAGGAUGAGUAUAUGAGAGACUGGACAGCACACAGUGAGGAAAUAGCCAGGAUUAGUCAAGAUCUAGCCAAAGACCUCGCCAUGCUCGCCAGAGAGAUUCAUGAUGUGGCAGGAGAGAUCGACUCAGUGAGCCCUGCAGCCACUGACCCUGGAGCUCUGUUGGAGGAACGUGUAUUUGACGACAGCUUGGACCUGGGCGGUCACUCUACAGAGCCCAGUGACAUGCAAGGCACCAACGGUCGGUCUGUGGAACUUCGACCCCGUGCCUCUGAUGGUCACAGUUCACGGUCCAUCCGCCGACAGACGUGGAACAGAGACGAUGCGGUGUUAGACAGUUUACUACUGGCUUCUGUGAAUCAACUCUCGACCAGGAUACGUCAAUCUGUCGACAAAACAACUUGCAAAAUCAGGAUGAUCUUCAAGGAUAAGGAACGAAAAUGGGAAGAGAUCGAGACCAAACUGCAGGCGGAGCACGAAUCCUUACUGCUCAAGAGCUCCAACAAGGAGAUUUCAACCAUCAUUCAAGAUCUGAAGAGAGUGGAGAGACAGCUGAUAGUAAUUGACAUGAUGGUGGACCCGGAUGGUACCCUAGAUGCCCUGACCACCUUAGGCAUAACCAGUCCUCUGGCUGACCAGAAGAUCAGCCCCGGGGCUCGACAGAGGGAGUUAGCAUUGCAUCCUGGAGCUGAGGCUUCGUCCGGCGCACAGUCAGCCUCCCGGUCUGAAGGACUGUCCACUGAACACCAUGGGUCCUCAGACCAUGCAGACAUGGGAGAGCGAGGCCCAGCGCCCCAGCAGAACUCUAGAUCCUACAAGUGAAUACUUCAGAGUAUAUCCUUUAUAUCUGACAUAUACUGAAGCCCUUGGAGCAGACAUUGGUCUAAGGUUAAAUGAUUUGUUUGGAUUUGGUUUUAGACAAGAUGAAGGAAGAAGAGUGACACCUUUUCCAUGGGAAAAUCUGACUUCUCUGUCAGUCAAACUGAGUCAUGUUGAGGCUGUAUGUCCAACAAGCCUAAGGGAAACUCUUGGGAUGACAAAUAUACUAUAUAAUACAUUACAGUAUUAUAUGCCAGGCUUAUAAAAAAAAGCUAUGGCAUCAGAUACAGUAACCCAUCAGUGUGUUUGUGUUGCAGCUCAUUCUUAUUAUUCAUUAUCAGAAAACUUUUCAAGUCGUGCUAUUAAAGCUUUCCAAACCCCUUUUUCUUAUCAUGUUACUGGCUUUAGUUUUAAAGGAAAGUUAGAAAUGACCUUAAACUUGAAAUGUUUGAGACUGACCCAAAAGCUACUCAGAUUUAAGGCCAAAGCAGAAACCCAAACUAGGAAGGUGCAAUGGUGUCAAAAACAAAUGAGUGUGUGACAGGUAAGGUCGCUCUAUCCCGCCGCAGAAUUAUUUAUCAAAAUAAAUAUUUUUUUGUCCUGUUUGCAAUGUCUCAGAUAUGACUUUCCUUCAGAAACGGCCGUGGUGCUUAUCGGUUCGGAGAAGACCUGGGUGUGUACAGUAUGUACCGGUGUAAAUGUUUAUUACAGUAAGAUUUUAAACUUCCGUCCAUGCCUUUUUUUCCCUUGUGCCGAUGUCAUAUCAAGCCAGUGUGUCAAAGAUAGACUUUGAGUGUUAAUAGAAACUAUAAAAUCAAAUGUAGCUCCCAGAAAAGGUUUUCCUCUUCCAAAUGUAUUGUGUCACAAGUGCCCUGGAUCAAACAAUCAUUACAGCUAGAGAUAAUGGACGGUGCAAUGUAUAGGAGAUGGAUGGGAGGAGAUGAAAUCACUUUCUUUGCACAUUUCAAAGAUAAUACAUGUCAAUAUCAAUCUCUAAGGGACCAGGACAUGAUGUUCCCCAAAGACCUUUAUCAUGUUUAAGUCUUUGACAAAAAAAAAAAAAAGCAGGGUAAAAAAAAAACAGCUGUCUGUAGAUGAAUGGUUUCUCCAAGUACUUUCACAGUGUUCUGUUUGAACCAGCAUAGACAGGGAUCACCUCCCAGUCCUCAAGUCUAUCAUUAACAAUGCAAUGGAACGAUGGACCGUGUUAUGACAGUAGGUUUUUCCGAUGUCUUGCCUCAUGCCAAUGUUUACACAUGAAUGUAACCUGAUCUGAACUGUUGAAUCAAAUUUUAGCCAAAACAACUUUAAUAAAGACAAAUAAUUGCAUUUUGUUCUCUGUAUACUUUGUCUUGAAUUCUGUUUGAGCAUUUUGAGCAGAAGUUCUUUUUUGUUUGGAUGUUUUGUAUGAAGUUUUUCCUUUCUUUGUAUUGAUGUUAGGAUAAAUGUUGACCUUGCAAUAUCUGUGUAUUGUUUGUCUCAUUUCCAAUAAAAUGCAUGAUAAUGACGA